AUGGAGAACAAGGCCGUGUAUCUCCGCACCUUCUCCGAGCGGGAGAACGGAUCCAUCCUGGAGGAGCCCUUCGAGGGACGGAGCCUUUCCAAGCUCAACCUCUGCGAGGAUGAUCCCAGCCAGAGGAUGAAGACCUCGGGAUGUUGCGGCCGGAUGGGCUCCGUGGCGGCGCUGAAAUAUUCCGUGGUGGGACUUUACCUCCUGGUCCUCCUCAUCCUGAUCGGAAUCUUCAUCCUGGCAGUAUCCCGGCCCCAGACGUCUCCCGAGGACCUGAAGGUGCUGCUGGGGAAUGUCCAGCGGCUCAACGAGACUUUCCGGGACCUGCAGCUCCAGCUGCUGCACCCCCUUCCCAAGGGAGACCUCCUGGAGCACGUCUGGCGGCUCCAGGACCUCUUGCAGAACCACUCGGACUCGCUGCUCCUGCUGACGGGCUCGCUCCAGCGCCUGGAGGGGCUCCUGUGGAACCUGCAGAGCCAGGCUGGCCAAACAGAGCGAUCCGUAGCCCGGCUCCGGGACUCGCUGAGCCAGCAGAGCGAUGCGGCCCAGCUGGAGUUAUCCCGGCUCUCCGUGGAUGGGAACAGCAGCCGGCUGCUCCUGGAGCACCACCAGCACCUGCUGGGACACCUGGGCGGGCGGCUGGAGGCCCUGGGCGAGCAGGUGACGGCCCUGGGCGGGGCCGUGGAUUCCAUGAACCGCAGCUUCUCCUACGAUGUCCGCGUGCAGCAUUCCCGGCUGCGGGAUCUGCAGGGGAUCCUGGGGAACGCCAGCGCGGACGCCCGGAGGAUGAGGAUGACUCAGGCGGCCAUGGAGCGGCAGCUGAGGCUGGAGCUGGCCGUGCUCAACAACGUCACCGAGGAGCUGCGCUUGAAGGACUGGGAGCAUUCCGUGGCGCUCCGGAACAUCUCCGUGAUCCGGGGGCCACCCGGACCCAAAGGAGACCGAGGCACGGAAGGGAUGGAGGGAGAGCCUGGCCUUCCUGGCCUUCCCGGCCUCCGAGGGCUUCCCGGGGAGAGGGGACCCCCCGGCCCGCGCGGAUUGAAGGGGGACCAGGGAGAGCUCGGACCCCGCGGUCCCAUGGGAAUGCGCGGAUUCAAAGGUGAGCGCGGCCCCAAGGGGGACAAGGGGGACCGAGGAGCUGCCGGUGGCACAGCUGCAGGAGCUCCGGCCGAGGGCUCCGUCCGGCUGGUGAACGGCUCCGGCUCGCACGAGGGACGCCUGGAGAUUUUCCACGAGCGCCGCUGGGGCUCCGUCUGCGACGACGGCUGGGACGGCAAGGACGGCGACGUGGCCUGCCGCAUGCUGGGAUACCCCGGAGCCGCCGACGUCUUCCGCAUGGCGCGCUUCGGACAAGGCUCUGGGAAGAUCUGGAUGGACGAUGUUUCCUGCACGGGCACUGAGGAUUCCCUGGAUCUCUGCAGUUUCUCGGGAUGGGGCCGAACCAACUGCGGCCACGCCGAGGACGCCGGGGUGCGCUGCCGGACAGACUGA